UUUUUGGGUGCAUAGUUAUUCUCAUGGCGCGACUACGAAAUACCUAGUUGCUAGCACUAGAAACAUCUCCCAGAAUUGAGUAAGUACUUCUCGUGACGAAGCGUUUUAAUUGCUCAACAGGCCGCAAUUGCGAUCAAGAAUGUGAAACAAGACGACCGAGCCCCGAACGCGGAUUAGGUAGUCAACGAUGGCAGUAGUCAAAUUGGUAGAUGUCGGAGUGGGGAGUCUGCCUCCUGAAAUGUUUAGGGAAUAAGCUCAUUCCCUCCAAAGCCUGAAGGGACUGUGCGGACGUCCCUGCAAAUCUUGGCAAUCAACAUAGGGCUGAAGGGAAUUUCCUGCAUAUCCGCGUCUGUGUAACACCAAGGCAGACAGGAACUCUAGGGUAUUUGUAAGACUCAUCAUAUCGUCAUCCGCCGCCCUCAAGUCUUUUAUAAGGACCUCGUUCCUUGGGUCCCCCUUUUCUGAACGACGGAGUCAUGUAAGUGUCAAGAGCGUACACUGAGUGAAUAUGUCUACUCUAAACUCUACUCUGAUAUCGGGAUUCACGCCUCCGCCUGGAGUUACACCCAAUUUUAUCGAUCCGCCGUCUAUUGCCCCGAUCUCAAAGGUGAUGAUUGCCGUGACUUUGGGAGUAAUGUAUUGCUUUCUAUUAUUACGCAUCUACACUCGACUAUGGGUGACUCGUAGCUUUGGGGUAGAUGACUUCCUCUGUUUGCUUUCAGCGGCAACGAUCACUUCCUAUUGUGUUGUUGUACUUAUAGCCCUCGAUGGUGUGCUGGGUCCUCAUCAGUGGAACGUACCAAUAUCUGAACUCAGCCUCCCCUUAGUCCUAAAGGAUUCAAUCCUAACAAUCAUCCUGUAUGGAGUGUCUGCUAUCUUCCUCAAAUCUUCGCUUUUGACUUUUUAUCUUCGUCUUUUUGGGCCGCUGAAGAUAGCGAGGAUCCUAUUAUGGACCUCACUCGUGGUAAUCACGCUCUUUUAUACAAUCUGCUUCGUUAUAGAUGCAAUCAUCUGUGGCCAGUUUCUUAGCCACCCAAAUCUACUGGCAAUGGAUUCCGCGCAUUCCGACCCCGACGAAAGCUGCUCAGCACGGCAGAGACCUAUUUGGAUUAUUAUGGGGGUUUUCAGCGUCAUUUCGGACUUCUAUAUUCUUACUAUCCCCGUCUGCCUGACUCUCAGGCUUCGACUUCCUCUAAGGCGGAAAAUUGGGGUGUGUUGUAUAUUUCUCACGGGACUCCUAGCUUGCGCUUUCUCCAUCCUCGCUACGGUUUAUCGUUCCCAGCUAUUUCGAACUUAUGACUUUACCUGGCUAGCUUCUUUAACGUAUGCGUUCAUAGCGGCCGAAAUUAAUGUUGGCAUUGCUUGUAGUUGCAUGCCGGUAACAUCAGUGGUAAUCCACAGCUUAGCUAAAACUACAACGUGGUACUCGGUUAUCAGAGUUAUUACACGUCGAACGUCUAAGGAUGGUGAUUUUAUAUCUAAUUCGGGCGACCCUACCAUCGAUUUUUCAGAAGAACGAUCUCCGAAUAUCCCCCAAGCUCCAAGGAUAGAGCCGAGCUCUUUCAUGCGCAAGGCUUACUUACCACGAUCUAGACGAAUGAGUCGUUCUAAUGAACUCUCUAUAAUCGAUGAAGAUUACCAUACACAGCUGAGGAGAGAGGCUAGCUUUGCUCGGGUAUCUCAACGAAGCCAGAUUAACGUACUCCAAUCCUGAGCAAUUUUUGAACGACAGCGUCUAGAUUUGGGAAUGUCAGGCGACAAGCACGACCUGACGCGAGAUUUCAGGGAUACACUUCCCCUACUUCUGUAUUUGCACUCGGAUGCAAUAGAGUGGCUCAUUCCUCACUUAAUGUCUCUACCUAGCACUUUGGUCAAUUAUUAGUUCCUAUUAAGGAUCGGCGUAACUCAAUCGCAUCCAGCUGGAGGGAAUUACAACCAAAUCCGACUAUAUCACCGGUCUACCCAGAUAGUAUUCCCUUGGCUCCAGACCCUGUAUCACUAUACAAUUAUUUAGCUCUAGGGCUCAAGGCCCUAUUACGCGUCUAGUCACCAAUACGGCAACGGACUUCAGCACAUC